AUGAAAUGCUUGGAUGUUUUCUUCCUUCUAGAGAAACCUGAUGUAAAUCCAGAAAAGAAGAAGUUUGCCAUCCCACAGAUCAUCACCACCACACCCUCAAAAGAGACUGUGAUCAGCUAUGGCUCCAUGGGCAUGCAGGAGCAGAGAACCAUUCGGGAACGGGCUGAGCAGGGCCCCUACUCCCGACACAGAAACCCCAGCACAGUAGACGCCUAUAGCAUACAGGCCACAGAAUAA